CAACAGCAGCAGCAGCAAACUACCAAAAUUAUAUACACUUGUCCCCCAGAUUUACCUCCCAACCCAAUCACCAUCGCCACUCCUCUCAUCGCAUCGUCUUUGUCCAGUCAUCAGUCAAACUAUAUAUAUAUCUAUAUCUAUAUGUACUCUCACACAAAACUCUUUCUAACUUCAAAAAAGGGGGCAAAAGAAAAAAAAGUGUCAAUAAAAUGGAAGAGAAAUCAACAGCCAUAGAACACAAAGCAUACGCCCGUGUUGGCCUUUUAGGCAAUCCUAGCGAUGUUUAUUAUGGCCGUACAAUCUCUUUCAGUCUCGCCAACUUCUGGGCCUCCGUUCGAUUACAACCCUCUGAUGAUCUCAUCAUCCAGCCCCAUCCGAAACACGAUCUUGUUCGAUUCUCUUCAAUCGAUCACCUGGUGAAUCGGUUGCAAAGUGAAGGAUAUUAUGGGGGUGUAAGAUUGCUUAUGGCUAUUUGUAAAGUUUUCUUUUUGUAUUGCGAGGAGAAUGAAAUCCAUCUUCAUUCAAGAAAUUUCACUCUUAAUUAUGAUACCAAUAUUCCUCGCCAGACAGGGCUUUCAGGUUCUAGUGCUAUUGUAACUGCGGCCUUGAAUUGUCUCCUUGAUUUCUACAAAGUCAGGCAUUUGAUUAAAGUUGACAUCAGGCCUAAACUUGUGCUUAGUGCGGAGCAAGAACUUGGGAUUGUUGCUGGCCUUCAAGAUCGAGUUGCUCAGGUCUAUGGAGGUCUUGUUUACAUGGAUUUCUCAAAGGAAAAUAUGGAUAGGUUGGGGCAUGGGAUCUAUACGCCUAUGGAUAUUGAACUUCUUCCACCUCUCCAUCUUAUCUAUGCUGAGAAUCCAAGUGAUUCUGGAAAGGUACAUAGUACAGUUCGGCAAAGGUGGCUUAACGGUGACAAAUUUAUUAUAUCGUUGAUGGCAGAAGUUGCAGAUGUAGCAUUAGAAGGAAGAACUGCAAUUCUUGAAAAGAAUUAUGCCAAACUUGCAGAUCUGAUGAAUCGUAAUUUUGACCUUCGAAGGAGCAUGUUUGGUGAUGAUGUCAUUGGAGCUUUAAACAUAGAGAUGGUGGAGGUGGCCCGACGGGUAGGAGCUGCCUCAAAAUUUACAGGCAGUGGAGGAGCUGUUGUUGUAUACUGUCCUGGUGGGCCUUCACAAAUAAAGCUUUUGGAGGAUGCAUGUCAGCUAGCUGGUUUUACCAUUCAGCCUGUGCAAGUUGUUCCCUCUUGUCUUCACGAAGAUGAUCUCAAGACAUUAUCAUAAUAGAAAAGUUUUUAGACGGAAGGUUCCAAGCAUCUUGAAUUUCUUUCCCUUGUACUACACAGAAGAAUCUAUUGCUCCCUGAACUAGAGAGUAAACACCCUUCUCCCAGAGUUGGAUGGAACCCUUCAACAGUCAGUCAAUGCUUCAUUUCUUUAUAUCUUGUAAUACAGUAGUUCUUACUGGCAUUUGAAUUUGUUGUCCUGCAACAAAAAAUUUCUGACAAUA